AUGCUACGUGGCAAUUUGCAGGCCAAAACCGACACUCCUGGCAUUAGUGGCAGCAGCAGCGGCAGCACAGGUGGCAGGAGUACCACCAGCACAGCUGCCACUCAUUCAGAAGCAGGCGAGGGGCAGGGGGAGGGGAAAGGGGAGGGGGAGGGGCAGGGGGAGGGGAAAGGGGAGCGGGAGGGGCAGGGGGAGGGGAAAGGGGAGGGGAAAGGGGAGGGGGAGGGGCAGGGGGAGGGGAAAGGGGAGAGGAAAGGGGAGAGGAAAGGGGAGAGGGAAGGGGAGAGGGAGGGGGAGGGGGAGGGGGAGGGGGAGGGGGAGGGGGAGGGGGAGGGGGAGGGGGAGGGAGAGGGGGAGGGGGAGGGGGAGAGGGAGGAGGAGGAGGAGCAGGAGGCAGCACGGGAUUGGCCAGAUUCUCCGUGCAAUGGGACGUCAGUGCCAGGGCGAUGGGUGGUGACAGCGAAUGGGUCACUCAGAUGGGCAUUUUACCGGUGCACGCACCCUGAAACUCCGUCUUCUGACUGGAUAGCCGCGUUGCACGAGAGCGGCAUUUGGGAGAUCAGCGUCGUGGGGGAAAGCCACCAGCGUUGGGCUUUCUAUUGCUGCACCCCCCGGGAGACUCCCCCAUCGGACUGGAUAGGCGCGCUACACGCCAAAGGCAUUCAUGAGGUCAGCAUCGUGGGGGACAGCCACCAGCGGUACCUGGCAGCACACCUGCACUUGCUGCUCACCAGGAAGGCGGAGAGGGGUGUGAAGCGGUGGAGAGACAACCUGGUGUUCCACCCGCGUGACAGCAGCAACCGCACGCUGAGGAUUAAUUUCUUCUGGAUCGAUGAGAUCUAUAAGAACGGGGAGUUCGGCUGCACGUGA